AUGACCAUGCAACCAGACAACGAUGACAGCAACAAGUUCCUUUUCCUUGACAAUGACUUCAAAAACAGUGGGGUGGGCCAGGCCGAUUGGUCAGCCAAAAAGAUGGUAUGGAUACCCUCAGAAAGGGAGGGUUUUGAGUCCGCGAGCAUCAAAGAGGAGAAUGGGAAUGAGUUGGUGGUUGAGCUUGACAAUGGUAAAAAGGUGACGGUCAACAAAGAUGUAAUCCAGAAAAUGAACCCACCCAAGUUUAACAAGGUUGAAGACAUGGCUGCACUGACUUGCUUGAAUGAGGCUUCAGUUCUACACAACCUCAGGGAGAGGUAUUUCUCAAGUCUCAUUUAUACUUACUCAGGCCUAUUUUGUGUGGUGGUGAACCCCUAUAAAAUGUUGCCUAUCUACUCUGAGAAGAUCAUUGAAAUGUACAAGGGGAAGAAGCGUCAUGAGGUCCCUCCCCAUAUCUAUUCCAUCACUGACAAUGCCUACAGGAACAUGCUACAAGACCGCGAGGACCAGUCUGUUCUCUGCACUGGGGAGUCAGGUGCAGGGAAAACUGAAAACACCAAAAAGGUCAUCCAGUACCUUGCUGUUAUGGCAUCAUCACACAAAGGAAAGAGAGACGCCAGCUCUCAACAGAAAGGACCGCAGUUAGCUUUUGGAGAGUUAGAGAAGCAACUCCUGCAGGCCAAUCCCAUACUGGAGGCAUUUGGGAAUGCAAAGACCAUCAAAAAUGAUAAUUCCUCAAGAUUUGGUAAAUUUAUUAAAAUCAACUUUGACAAUACUGGCUACAUCGUUGGAGCAAACAUUGAAACAUACCUCCUGGAAAAGUCUCGGUGUAUCCGACAGGCCAAAAUUGAGAGAUCCUUCCACAUCUUCUACUACAUGGUGGCUGGAGCCAAAGACAAAAUGCAUGACGAGCUCUUGCUGGAGGACUUUGGUAAUUACCGUUUCCUGGUGGCUGGACACGUGCAGGUACAAGGCCAGCAGGAUGAUGAAAUGUUUGACGAGACUCUUGAGGCCAUGGAGGUCCUGGGCUUCAACGAGGAGGAAAGAAUAGGCAUGUUUAAGGUAUGCUCUACUGUGCUGCAACUGGGGAAUAUUGAGUUCAAAGCAGAGAAAAACCAGGAGCAGGCCAGCAUGCCAGACAACACAGCUGCACAGAAGGUGUGCCAUCUGCAGGGGAUUAAUCUGACUGACUUCACAAAAGCCGUUCUCACUCCUCGCAUCAAAGUAGGCAGAGAGAUGGUACAGAAGGCACAGACCAAAGAACAGGCUGACUUUGCAAUCGAAGCUUUAGCCAAGGCAAUGUAUGACCGCCUAUUUCGCUGGAUCCUGGGACGUGUCAACAAGGCUCUGGAUAAGACAAAGCGCCAAGGAGCCUCUUUUUUGGGCAUCUUAGACAUUGCUGGGUUUGAGAUUUUUGAGGAUAACUCAUUUGAACAAUUGUGCAUCAACUACACCAAUGAGAAACUGCAACAGCUUUUCAACCACACCAUGUUCAUCCUUGAGCAGGAAGAGUACACAAAAGAGGGCAUUGAGUGGAAUUUCAUUGACUUUGGUCUGGACCUCCUGCCCUGCAUUGAGCUCAUUGAGAGAUCUAACAAUCCUCCUGGUAUUCUAGCUCUUCUAGAUGAGGAGUGCUGGUUUCCAAAAGCAACUGAUGUCUCUUUUGUUGAUAAACUAACAAACACUCACUCAGACCACUCCAAAUUCUCCAAGCCCAAGAAUCUAAAGGAAAAGACGUUCUUCACUGUGCAACACUACGCUGGCAAGGUGGAUUAUAAUGCCACAUCUUGGUUGACCAAAAACAUGGACCCACUGAAUGACAAUGUGACAGCAUUGUUGAGUAACUCUUCAAGUGCUUUUGUGCAAGAUAUCUGGAAAGAGGUGGAUCGUGUAGUUGGUCUCGAAACUAUGGCUAAAAUGGCAAAGUCUGAUAGCGCUGUGUCUACUGCUUCCAAAUCCAAGAAAGGCAUGUUCCGCACUGUGGGACAGCUCUACAAAGAGUCUCUUGGCAAGCUCAUGACCACACUCCAUAACACUCAACCAAAUUUCGUACGCUGCAUCAUUCCUAACCAUGAAAAAAGGGCUGGGAAGAUAGAUGCCCAUCUGAUUCUAGAGCAGUUGCGCUGUAAUGGUGUACUGGAAGGGAUCCGAAUCUGUCGCCAGGGCUUUCCCAAUCGUAUCGUUUUUCACGAAUUCCGCCAACGCUAUGAAAUCCUGGCUGCUGGGGCAACUCCCAAAGGCUUCAUGGAUGGAAAACAGGCCUGCACCCUUAUAAUCAAACAUCUAGACUUGGACCCCAACCUGUACCGCAUUGGUCUGAGCAAGAUAUUCUUCCGUACAGGAGUUUUGGCACAACUGGAGGAAGAACGUGACCUGAAACUUACUGUUAUCAUAAUUGCCUUCCAGGCCCAGGUCCGUGGCUUUCUGGGCAGAAAGGCAUUCAGCAAGAGACAAAAACAGCUGACAGCCAUAAAAGUGAUUCAGAGGAACUGUGCUGUGUAUCUUACACUCAGAAACUGGCAGUGGUGGAGACUUUUCACUAAAGUCAAACCCCUGCUUCAAGUGACCCGUCAAGAUGAGGAGAUGAGUCAAAAAGAGGAAGAGCUUCACAAAGCCAAAGAAAUUGCCCAGAAGUCUGAAAAUGAACUAAAAGAGAUCACACAGAAACACAACCAGUUGGUAGAGGAAAGGAACCGAUUACAGGCAAAGCUGCAGGAGGAGACAGAGAUGUAUGCAGAAUCUGAAGAGGUAAGAAUACGGCUGGAGACUAAGAAGCAAGAGUUGGAGGAUGUACUGCAUGAGAUGGAGGCUCGGCUUGAGGAAGAGGAGGAGCACAACCAGAUCCUUCAGCAAGAGAAGACAAACCUACAGCAACAACUUAAGGAUUUAGAGAACCGUUUGGCAGAUGAAGAAGAUGCCAAACAGAAGCUACAAUUGGAAAAGGGCACUGUGGAUGGGAAGUUUAAGAAGCUAGAGGAUGAUAUCCUUAUCAUGGAAGAUCAAAACAACAAGUUACAGAAGGAGAAGCAACAGAUGGAGGUGCGAUUGGCUGACAUUUGCUCCAACCUUGCAGAGGAGGAAGAAAAAUCAAAAAAUUUGAUUAAACUGAAAAAUAAACAUGAAUCUAUGAUUUCAGAUCUUGAAGUUCGAAUGAAGAAGGAAGAGAAGAGUCGUCAGGAUCUGGAGAAAGCCAAGCGUAAACUGGAAAUGGAGUAUAAUGAUCUACAGGAUCAGAUAACUGACCUGCAGGCCCAGGUUGUAGAACUCAAGGCCCACUUAACCAAGAAGGAGGUGGAGAUUCAGGACCUCCAAGCAAGUGUGGAAGAAGAAUCAGCUCAAAAGAGCAUUGCUCUGAAGAAGAAACAGGGAAUGGAAGGACUUCUCUCAGAGCUUCAAGAUGAACUUGAGGCUGAACAGGAGGCCUCUAGGAAGUCAGAAAAGGCCAAGAAGGAACUGGCAGAAGAGCUGACUGCCCUGAGGUCUGAACUGGAGGACAGACUAGACAUCACAGCGGCCCAGCAAGAGCUCUGGGCUAAGAGAGAGAAGGAGGUAGCCAUCUUGAAGAACAUGAUGGAAGAUGAAGGCCGGAGCCAUGAGUCUCAAGUGCAGGACAUGAGACAAAAACACACUCAGGCUUUAAAUGAGCUUACUCAACAGCUAGAGCAAUCCAAACGGGCCAAGGCAAAUCUGGAGAAGGCAAAACAGUCUCUUGAGAAUGAGGUUGCAAACCUAAAUGGAGAGCUCCACUCACUGGGUAAUGCAAAGCAGGAUGUGGAACAGAAGCGAAAGAAGGUGGAAAACCAGCUUGCUGACCUUCAGACUCGCUUUAAUGAGAGUGAAAGGCAGAGUGGAGAGCUUGGAGAAAAAGUAUCUAAACUGAACAUGGAGCUUAACAGUGCCAAUAGCUUCCUCAGUGAGGCAGAGAGCAAGAACAUCAAGAUGAGUAAAGAUUUUUCCAGCCUCAACUCACAACUCCAAGAUGCUCAGGAUUUACUUGGUGAGGAGACCCGUCAGAAACUGAGUGUUUCCACUCGGUUACGUCAAAUGGAGGAUGAUCGAAACAGCCUUCUGGAACAGUUGGAAGAAGAGGCAGAGGCCAGAAGGAAUGUGGAGAGACAAGUCUCCAGCCUUCACACACAGUUGUCAGAUGCGAAGAAGAAGAUGGAUGAGUACUCUGGCAAUCUUCAACUGAAUGAAGAAAGCAAGAAACGGCUACAGAGGGAUCUGGAGGCCGCAAACAGAGAGUUGGAGGAGAAAAUGAUAGCCUAUGACAAGUUGGAGAAGUCCAAGACUCAUCUUCAGCAAGAGUUGGAGGAUGUUCUAGUAGACCUGGACAAUCAGAGACAGCUGAUUUCAAAUCUAGAGAAGAAACAACGGAAAUUUGACCAGAUGCUUGCUGAUGAGAAGGCCAUCUCCAGCAAGUAUGCUGAAGAGCGUGACUUUGCUGAGAAUGAGGCACGGGAGAAGGAGACCAAAUGCUUGACCUUCAUUCGAGCACUGGAGGAAGCCCAGGGCUCCUUACGAGAAUUAGAAAAACUCAAUAAAGCACUUCGCACUGAUAUGGAAGAUCUAAUCAGUUCAAAGGAUAAUGUGGGCAGAAAUGUACAUGAGCUGGAGAAGACCAAGCGUGGGCUAGAGGCUCAAGUGGAAGAGAUGCAGAUUCAGAUAGAGGAACUUGAAGAUGAACUGCAGACUUCGGAGGAUGCCAAACUCCAUCUGGAUAUCAAUAUGCAGGCCUUGAAAGUCCAGUUUCAGCGAGACCAGCAGGGAAGAGAGGAUCAAAGUGAAGAGAGGAGGAAACAACUGCUCAAGCAGGUAUGUGAGCUUGAGGCUGAGCUAGAAGAUGAGAAGAAGCUGAGAAAUUCAUUGGCAGCAGCAAAGAUGAAACUUGAGGGGGAAUUGAAGGACCUAGAAGACCAAGUUGACGCAAUCGGCAGGGCGAGGGAUGAAGCCAUUAAACAGCUCCGAAAGACUCAGGCUCAGAUGAAAGAUUCCCAUAGGGAGCUGGAGGACACGCGAGUAUCCCACAAGGAGGUUCUUUCAAGUGCUCAAGAAUCAGAAAGAAAGGCCAGAACCAUGGAGGUGGAAAUCUUACAUUUACAGGAGGAACUGUCUGCAGCAGAGAGAGCUCGCAAACAUGCAGAACGAGAGAGGGAUGAGUUGGCAGCAGAGAUGACAAGUGGCUCAUUUGGAAAAUCCAGCAUGACGGAUGAGAGGCGUCGUCUGGAAGCCAAAAUCCAGCAGUUAGAAGAGGAGAUUGACGAGGAACAGGCAAACUCAGAGACACUUAAUGACAGACUACGGAGAACUGUUCAGCAGGUGGAUCAGCUGACAAAUGAGUUGCAGAUAGAACGCUCCAAUACUCAGAGCAACGAGAGUGGCUGGCAGCAGAUGGAGAGGCAGAACAAAGAGCUGAGGGCCAAGUUACAAGAAAUGGAGGGGCAGUUCAAAUCCAAGCUAAAAGUCUCUAUAGCCACCUUAGAGGCCAAACUAUAUCAGGUGGAGGACCAACUGGAUCAUGAGAGCCGGGAGAGACAAGCAAUUGCCAAGGCCAUGCGCCAGAAGGAUAAGAGACUGAAGGAACUGAUGAAUCAGACAGAGAAUGAGCGAAAACAGACAGAGCAGUAUAAGGACCAGGCUGACAAAGCAAAUAUGCAGGCAAGGCAGCUCAAAAUUCAGGUGGAGGAAAGCAAAGAGGAGUCUCAGAAUGCAACAGCUGCCCGCCGCAAACUUCAGAAUGAGCUGAACGAGGUCAAAGAGGCCAAUGAGGCCCUGAGCAGAGAGGUUUCCUCACUCAAGAACAAACUCAGGCGUGGAAGUGACUCACCUUUCAGCACCCUAUUAAGGCGUGGUGGAGGUGGAAGCUUUAGAAGAACACAUAGGAGCAUGAUUGAGAGUUCUGAGGACCCAAAAGAUGACGUUCCUUCAGCUACACCUGUGAAUCAAUCUCUGGAACCUCAAAGGGAGUCAAUCAAUGACAACUAAAGGAACAUUACCAAAGGCCUCAUUGCACAGCCUAUCCCUAUCUUUUUUUGUAUGUGGCUAUAUUUAAAUGAUUAAAUAUAUUCUAUAUAGAGUACAAUAUGCAAUAUUUAAUAUACUAGUGGAAAUAUCUUAAAGAUGUUGAUGUUUAAAGAUGUUUGACAAAUUUUUUACUUAUUCAAUCUUGACCAAAUGGUAGAUUGGUACAUAAGCCAGUUCUUCUUCACUAAUUUAUUCAAACGGACUUCAUUUUAGUGGGGUUUGUAGACCCAGUGUUUUACAGGCAACAAUAUUUCACUAAGAGUGUCAUGGUACCACUAUAGUUUUUGAACUUUGAAUUUGGCAAUCAUUCAGUAAAACAGUGUGUAUGUAUGUUUGAUUGAUAUAUAUAUAUAUCAAAGUAUGACAAACUGAUAUUAAUAUCAAUGUACCAUAGUACUUUUUUUGGCAAAGGAUGCUUUGAAAAACAUUUAAUGAGAUUUAAGUUUGUCAGAUAGUGUUUCUUAAACAUUUUCUAUGUGGAAGCUUUUAUGGGGCAUUUUGUUGACCAAAAUUACACAUCUGCUUCUAU